ACGUGGAGAACAAAAAAAAGCUUCAAUUGCAGUAAAGGUGCGACUAUCGAGGGAGGGAGAGAGAGAGAGAAAGCGAUCGGUGUGAUACCGUGUUCCGAGCAAAUUAGAAGAGGCUUCUCUUCCAGCGGAGUAGGCGAUGGCGGAUCAGUACCUCCUGGGAACAAUCAUGGCUUCGAUCCUAAUGUUUUUUCUGCUGGUCGGGUUCUGGGGGUGCAAGCGGAAGGCUCACUUGGCUCCGGGAAACCGGAGUUCUUGUGCUAUUCGCGCUGAAAAGGGAGGCAGUGGCACAGACGUUAUUGUCGUCGGCGCUGGAGUCGCCGGCUCUGCCCUAGCGUACACGCUUGGAAAGGUGAGGCGUGCCUUUGCUUCGCUCUUCGAUUUUCCAGAAGAUGGUAGACGUGUGCAUGUAAUUGAGAGAGAUUUGUCUGAACCUGACAGAAUUGUUGGUGAACUUUUGCAACCUGGAGGCUACCUAAAAUUAUUAGAAUUGGGCCUCGAAGACUGUGUUGGUGAAAUUGAUGCUCAACGAAUAGUUGGUUAUGCCCUUUUUAAAGAUGGGAAAAGCACCAGGCUCUCGUACCCAUUGGAAAAGCAACAUGCUGAUGUUGCUGGGAGGAGCUUCCAUAAUGGCCGUUUCAUCCAAAGGAUGCGAGAGAAAGCAGCAUCCUUGGCUAAUGUCCAGCAGGAGCAGGGAACGGUCACGUCCUUGAUUGAAAAAAAUGGAACAGUUAAGGGAGUAGUUUACAAGACUAAAUCUGGCGAAGAGUGUAAAGCUUUUGCACCACUUACAAUUGUGUGUGAUGGUUGCUUCUCAAAUCUGAGACGUAGACUUUGCUCUCCGAAGGUUGAUGUGCCUUCAUGCUUUGUUGGUUUGGUUCUUGAAAAUUGUCUUCUUCCAUUUCCAAACCACGGGCAUGUCAUCUUAGGAGAUCCUUCACCAAUACUGUUUUACCCAAUAAGUAGUACCGAAGUUCGCUGUCUGGUUGAUAUACCUGGAAAUAAGGUACCUUCUGUUGCCAAUGGUGAAAUGGCAAAUUAUCUGAAGACUGUCGUGGCACCUCAGGUUCCAAUUGAACUGCAUGCUGCGUUUAUUGAGGCCAUUGAUAAAGGAAACAUUAGAUCUAUGCCAAACAGAAGUAUGCCGGCUGCUCCGCAUCCCACUCCCGGAGCCCUCUUGUUAGGGGAUGCAUUUAAUAUGCGUCACCCACUCACUGGUGGUGGAAUGACAGUCGCCUUGUCUGAUAUUGUUGUGCUUCGGGACCUCCUGAGGCCUCUCCAUGAUCUCCAUGAUGCAUCCUCUCUUUGCAAAUACCUGGAAUCUUUCUACACCUUAAGAAAACUCACAUUUUACUUGCAGCCAGUGGCUUCUACCAUAAACACAUUGGCAGGUGCCUUGUACAAGGUAUUCAGUGCCUCUCCUGACAGAGCUAGGAUCGAAAUGCGACAAGCCUGUUUUGACUACCUGAGUCUUGGAGGCAUCUAUUCAAGUGGACCAAUCGCCUUACUCUCUGGUCUUAAUCCUCGUCCAAUGAGUUUGGUCGCUCACUUCUUUGCUGUCGCAGUCUAUGGGGUCGGACGCCUGCUUCUGCCAUUUCCAUCUCUCAAGGGAUUGUGGAUUGGAGCUAGACUGAUUUCUAGUGCAUCAGGUAUAAUUUUUCCUAUCAUAAAGGCAGAAGGGGUUCGGCAGAUGUUCUUCCCUGCAACUGUUCCUGCAUAUUACAGAGUUCCUCCACCCAGCUGAAAUUUACUUUGCUUAUUCAGCCACGAUAUCGUCAUUGCUAUUUGACUGAGGUUUGGCAUUAAUCACUGAGAUGUCUUGAAUAAUUGAUGAUGAGUUAGAUUGAAUGUCAGUUGUAUUAAAAUUGUUUAUGUGACUUUUAAUCUGGAGGUAUUGAUAAGAUGGUAUGAAGGAAAAUUUCAUUCCCUCUAGUUUACUCUCUCUAAA